CAAAAGUAGUUUUUUAACAAUUUAAUAUAUAUAUUUAAUUAAUUCAUUCAAGUAUUUAUGUAUUUUUUUUAUUACGUACUUUUAUAGAUUUCGUUUCAGAACGCACACUUGCAAAGUGGCUGUUUUCGUUGAUAGGAUUCCCUAAUUUACUAGUGACGACCCAUAGAAAUAUCGUAACAGCCAUGGCUUCCCAAGUCGCAAAAUCUCUUCUGAAAGUGUCCCAUGGAAGUUCCACCGUCAAGUUUGACACAGCUCGACGGGCGCUGAGCGUGGGGGCCGCUCUGCAACAGAAGAAGACUCUGAAGGACCGCACCGGCAAGAAUGUAGUGCUCGUGGACGGAGUGAGGACUCCGUUCCUGGUCUCCUUCACCGACUAUGCCAAGAUGAUGCCGCAUGAGCUGGCUAGACAUGCUUUGUUGGGCCUGCUCCAAAAAACCGGCAUCAACAAGGAGCUGGUAGACUACAUCAUCUACGGCACCGUGAUCCAGGAGGUGAAGACGUCGAACAUCGCGCGCGAGGCCGCGCUCGCCGCCGGGUUCAGCGACCGCACGCCUGCCCACACUGUGACUAUGGCGUGUAUAUCGGCCAACCAGGCGAUUACUACUGGUAUCGGCAUGAUAGCAGCCGGAGCCUACGACGUGAUCGUGGGCGGCGGCGUGGAGUUCAUGUCGGACGUGCCCAUCCGACACUCGCGCAAGAUGCGGUCUCUGCUGCUGAGGCUCAACCGCGCCAAGACGCCCGCCCAACGCCUGUCGCUGUUGGCUACGAUCAGGCCCGACUACUUCGCGCCAGAGCUGCCGGCGGUAGCUGAGUUCUCGUCGGGAGAGACGAUGGGGCACUCCGCGGACCGCCUCGCCGCCGCCUUCGGGGCCUCCCGCCAGGAGCAGGACGACUACGCACUCAGGUCGCACAAGUGCGCCGCAGAUGCUCGUGACAAGGGCUACUUCACCGACCUCGUGCCCGUUAAAGUGGAGGGUCGCGAGGGCGUGGUGGACAAGGACAACGGCAUCCGCGUGUCCACGCCGGAGCAGCUCGCCAAGCUCAAGCCCGCCUUCAUCAAGCCGCACGGCACGGUUACUGCGGCUAAUGCGUCUUUCUUGACGGACGGCGCGUCGGCGUGCCUGAUCAUGUCCGAGGCGAAGGCCAAGGAGCUCGGCCUCAAGCCCAAGGCCUACCUGCGGGACUUCACUUACGUCGCUCAGGACCCGGUGGACCAGCUCCUCCUGGGGCCGGCGUACGGCAUCCCCAAGCUGCUGAAGGGAGCCGGGCUCACCGUCAACGACAUCGACACCUGGGAGAUACACGAGGCCUUUGCUGGUCAAAUUCUGGCCAACCUGAAGGCUCUGGACUCGGACUGGUUUGCCACCACCUACCUCGGCCUGCAGAGCAAGUUUGGUGCUCCUGACUUGUCCAAGUGGAACAACUGGGGAGGCUCGCUCUCUAUCGGACACCCCUUCGCUGCUACUGGGGUGCGUCUAGCCAUGCACACGUCGCACCGACUGGUGCGCGAGGACGGCCAGCUGGGCGUGAUCAGCGCGUGCGCGGCCGGCGGCCAGGGAGUCGCCAUGCUGCUGGAGAGGCACCCUGAUGCUACCGUCAACUAGAUGAUGAAAUGCUAACCGUACCGACGUCUGGUUAGGGCUGUAGGUGGGCAUAGACUUGUCCUUUAACCCAGGUGACAAACGCGGUUGUUUCUAUCUGUUACCCUAUAAAUUACCCUACUUUUCAUUCUAUUCUUUAAAAAAUCUAAUGUAUUAUAGUAGGAUAAAUUCUCGGACAUACGUUUCCCAGAAUACACUUGAAAUUUCUAAGGUAACAGAUCGGAUUAAUCAAAUUAACGCUAGUGUGGCUGUAGUGUUUGUCAUCGAAACGCCUAUAGAGCAUCCAGUGCAGCCUGAAGAGAAUAAUUUCACUCUUUCAGAGAUGGUGGUACGGUAGCUGAAACCAUUGGCUUUGUAGCCCUCCCAGUUACUAACUCUCAAUAUAAGAACAUAUUGGAUUUAAUUAGUGAAAUAUAUCGACUGUUAGAAGGCAAGGCUGUGGAGUCGAUGUCACAUUUCGAACCAUUUUAGACUAUCCUAUUAUAAUCAUUCUGUCUGCUUCGAUUAUUUAAGAUUUGGAACGACACAUGUAAGAGUAAAAUGAUUAUAAUAUCAUGGAUAUAUAUAUGGAUGGCUUAUGAAUACAAUAGAUCUUCCCAAAAAGUAAAAGUAAAGUCUGUCGCCAAAGUUAUAAUUUCUAGUUUGGUUUUAUUAUGGUUUCUAUGUAAAACAGUUUUCCAGUGGCAACGGCGUAUAGGUUGAUGUAUUUUUCAAUCCGUUAUUGCUACUGUGGCACAAGUUUUAUGCGUUUUUAUAUAAAAAUCAUGUUUCUAUCGGAGAUUAUAAUUUAUUUUGAAACUUUUUUUUGAUGUGGGUAACUAAGGGGUAGCAGACGUAUUGACAAAGUAUAAUAUUUAUCGAAUGUACGAAAGUCUUAUGAAAGUGUGUUAGUAAUCAAUAGUGUAAUCGAAAAUGUAAAUUAUUAACAUGAAGGGAGUUUUUCCCUGAAAUAUAUCUCAUGUUUCAUCUCUUCACUCCGUGUCACGAUCAUUGAAUUUCUCUAGUUGUAAGAGUAAUGUUUGUAUGCAUGAUUUACAUAUUAUAUUUUAUUAAAAACCUAUAUUGUUAGAAAA